CGGAUGUUCUUUGAUAAUUAUUGUGUUUUUGACGAUGCCAGUAGGAAUGGCGGCUAUGAUUACUGGAGGAAGGAUCCCGAAGAGCCUGAAACUUUACUUGUAGCGGCCCCGCAGAGGAAUUUGUUUGUGGCGAAACGCACAUCAGCGGUCCGGUGACGGCUUCUGGAAGGGAGAAGAGUUGCUCCUAUGUGAUAUUAUCGCGGUAAAUGUUGGGCUGAAGGAGACGGACGCACUUUGCUAGUUAGCUCCAGUGACUUUGAUUGUAGGUAGCUGUUAGCAUUCUGUAGCCAGCUGUUGGCCCAACAAGUUAACUCAGCGUUGAACUAACUGUAUGAAAGCAGUUUUUAAAGUCGUUCACAGGCGGGCACUUAUUCGCUGAGAGGCUGACCAGGAGACAACGAGUCGGCUGUGACUGGUGACCAUUCGGUUAGCUGAGUUGGUAAACUAAUUUAUCGGGGUUUUUUUCUCCUCCUUUUUUGGGAAGCUGAUCCAGCCUCUGGCUAAAGGCUAAUCAGCAGCCGAUCGACUCACUCCACAAUGGAAAGUCUAACAUUAAGUGAUGUCGAACAGAAAUAUUACUCGGAUUUGUUCAUCUACUGCGACACGGACAACACCAAAAAAGUGGCUUCCAACGGGAGAGUUCUUGACCUUUUCCGGGCGGCCCAGCUACCCAGCGAAGUUGUCCUGCAGAUCACAGAACUAUGUGGAGCCACUCGGCUGGGUCACUUUGGAAGGAGUCAGUUCUACAUCGCUCUGAAGCUUAUUGCCAUCGCUCAGUCUGGGCUGCCUCUAAGGGUGGAAAGCCUCAACUCAGUCAAGGACCUGCCGCUGCCACGGUUUGUCGUCGGGAAGAAUGAGGCAGAGGCAAGACAUGCGGCACUGUACCAGGACACAGACAGUCAGGGGAUGUACCCGGGUUCUGGCCCAGGGGUGAUACCCAGACCACCUGGCAGGGGCCACCAGAACAAGAAAGGUCUCCCUUCUUCCACUUCACACUCUGUACAUGAUGUCAUCCAGCCCUUGGCAUCCAGUAUUGAAUCACAGCCUGAACCCACAUCCCCGGUGGUCUCUCCUCAUCAUUCUCCUCCCACCUCCCCUCACUCCUGGAGAAAGCACAAACGGCAGCACAGUGGGGGAAAUUCAGACAGACAGACAGCCGUCACUGCAAGUGGAGCUGUCUGGACACAAUUCAGAGAAUCCCAAGCAGGGCCGGUGUCUGGUGAUGGAAUGUGGUCCUCCCACUCGCCACCUCUACCAAGUCAGGAAAGUUGGGUCAGUUUCACAGCAGACACUCCACCAUCCAGCACACUUCCAGCAAUGCAUCCUUCAUCAGUCCAGGAAAGCACAACAGUACGAACAGUGGCCUCAGCAGCGAUGACCAAUGAGAUCCAGAGGCAGUCGAGUACCUACGAUGACCCGUGGAAAAUCACAGAUGAGCAGAGACAGUAUUAUAUUAACCAGUUCAAAACCAUCCAGCCGGACCUAAACGGAUUCAUACCGGGUUCAGCAGCAAAAGAGUUCUUCACCAAAUCUAAGCUACCAAUACUGGAGCUGUCGCACAUUUGGGAACUUUCGGACUUCGAUAAAGACGGCGCGCUGACCUUGGAUGAGUUUUGUGCUGCUUUCCACUUGGUUGUGGCUAGGAAAAACGGCUACGACCUCCCCGAGAAGCUGCCUGAGAGCCUGAUGCCAAAGCUGAUUGACCUGGAUGACUCAGCAGAAGUGCCGGAGCCGGUCACAGACGUCGGAUACUCGGCUUCGCCGGUGGAAGUCACGCCCAGCAAGUCUCCCUCAAUGCCGUCACUCAACCAGGCCUGGCCAGAGAUGAACCAGAGCAACGAGGACACGGCCAUUGUCCACCCAGUUCCCAUCCGGAUGACACCCAGUAAGAUCCACAUGCAGGAGAUGGAACUAAAGAGGACGGGCAGCGACCACAACCACCCGACGAGUCCACUACUCGUUAAGCCUCCAGAAAUGUCUGAAGAAGCUAAACUUCCCACCUCCAUGAAGUUUGCAGCCUCCAACACUGUAGGUGAUGGUUACAGCAGUUCUGACUCCUUCACAUCAGAUCAGGAGCCGAUUGCCCGACAAAGGUCUCAGUCCAGUACGUCUCCAGAGGCUCUGAAGGUUGUGGCUCCACCUCCUCCUCCACCCAGACCCCACCCCUCCCAUUCUCGCUCCUCAUCUCUGGACAUGAAUCGCACCUUUGCUGCUGCCUCGACGUCAGGGCAGCCUCAGCCCUCUUCCAUAACCUACCUGCCUGCUGUACCUCCUCGACCUCUUCCCACCCAGACAUCAGUACCCCACAGCGGGCAUCGUGUAGAAGCGGAAAGUGGAGCCGGAGGCGGGACCGUGAUUGCAACCACAUCCCCUCAGCAGAUCCCUCAGCAGGCCAAUUUUGCAGACUUCAGUCAGUUCCAGGCUUUUGCUGCGUCUGAACAGCCUUCCAACCUUCCUGAAGCAGAAAAACUCAGCGAGCCGGGGCAGGAUAAACCACCAGAUGGAGCUGGACCUCUGAGAGCAGUGAAGAGUGACAGCCAAGCAGAGGACAGAACCACAGCCACUGUGAACUCUGCCAAAGGUUCCUCUGGUCCCCUAGCUCCUCCUCCCAAACCAGUACGCCGGAGAUUGAAGUCAGAAGAUGAGCUUCGACCAGAAGACGAGCAACACGUUCCACAGAAGUCAAACGUCAUUGCUGCUGUCCUGGCCACUCAGCCCUCCAUUCCCCGGUCAGUCGGAAAAGAAAAAAAAGCAAUUCAAGCUUCAAUCAGGAGAAACAAGGAGACGAACACAGUGUUGGCACGACUUAACAGUGAACUGCAACAACAGUUGAAGGACUUACUUGAGGAGAGAAUAUCUCUGGAAGUUCAGUUGGAGCAGCUCAGACCUUUUUCUCAUCUUUAACCAACUCUGGGAGCAAAAGCUCGGCUGUAGUUCUCCUUGACAGACCGCCAGAAGGCUGAGACGUCCCCUCCGAUCCCGCCAUCAUCCCGGCUUCCUGCACCCACUGCGCUCCAGAGGCUUCGGGCCGCCGCAGGUUGUUCCAUCAAAACAAGCGACCACACUUACCAAUCGUAACCAAAUGGACCGACCACACAGGCUUACUGGCGGAGGAGUUCCAGGAGCAUGGGGGUGGGGGACUGGCACUUUUUAAUUUUCUGAGGCAAAGUUGAGGACAGCGGUUGACUGAAAGUCAGUUUGAAGUAGCAGCCGUGAAGCGCGGCGUGUUUAACAGCGGCUGUCUGAUCUUUUUGCUCACAGACUGACUGAAGAAGAACGGCGUGUUUGGAACGCGUGUUUCUGCGUCUGUGUUCCUGUUCAGUGGGAUACUUGAUGAGUCCACAUACGUUUGUCUGCCACAUUAAACUUAACAUGAGUGAAAUGAGGCGGAUAUUGUUAAUAGAUGGUUAACCAGGACAGCAGACGUGCGUUCAUCGUCAGGGGGUCUCUUCUGUUGAUAGUUCUCACUUUCACGUAACAACUUUAAAAAGAACUUUCGACUCAAACUUUAAAAAGAAAAUCCAACAGCAGCUUGCUGAUGUGCUGCUUCACCAGCUGCAGCACAUCAUCUAUUUGAAAUCUGAAGUUUUUUUUGCAAAUCCUCAUUAAAAUCUUCAUAUACCUGG